UUUUACCCCGACAUGUCGACAUCAUCAUCACCCACUUCGUCUGGCCAAGACAACAUUGAUGAGCUGUGGCGCGCGAUUGAACGCGAAAACUCUGGAGGGAUGCUGCAUCCUUCCUCGACUGAUGAACUCCUCCGAGCGAUGAAGGACGCCAUGGAACGCAAUGGCGUGCCGGACAGCGGCGCCAAGUCGCUCGUUCUAGCGUUCAUCAUCAACGUCUACGCUCGACUCUUCAGCGAUCUGUAGUCCAUUCCUCGUCCUCUGCAUUACUACUACGUGACGACCAGAUUCACUUGCAGCGUGCAAUGGUCUCUCUCGCCCCUGUCGCCAUUACGG